AUGGCGACUCUUCAAGGGUCAGUGAUCCCCAGGGUCAAGUUGGAACCACCCGAUCAGGCCAUCAAGCCAGAGCCCAUGGACGAGUCGCCCUCGCCGUACGUCGAUGAAGAUGACGAUAUCUACGAAGACACUGGGGACUUGGAUGUUUCUCAGGCACAGCAACCGCUAUGGCUCAGUCACAUCCCGCGCACGCUAUGGGAGACUCUUUCGAAGCUGCAGGAUGAUGACGAGAUCGAUAUCGGAACAAUCAGAGUCGAGGGACCGGAAUCGAAUCCAUCAAGAGUUAGUUUGAAGCUGAACGCCCUUCCCGCAUUCGAGAACGAGCCCAAAGAGUACAACUUGUUCCCUCCGCCAAUCGAGAAAAUGAGAGCCCGACGACCAGGGCAGGCUAUGGUGUUUCUGGAGAAAGAUCUGCCAGGCUACAAACCCCGACCUUUCACCUGGGAUGACAUUGACGAAGAAGGAAAUCCCGGACAAGGCCGGUCUUUUCUGUACGAAAGACACAAGCGGGAAAUCAAAAAGAAGGAGAAUAAAGGCCGAUAUACACCAUACACGCGGCGGCCGAUUCCCAAACAGACAGCCAUGGUGGGGACGGUUGCAAAGGAGUUUGAAGCCAUUCCAGUCAAGAACGAGGAGUAUUUCGUGCUCGAAAAUAAGAAAGCCGCCGAAAUGCUGAAGCCGCCCCAACGGGAUCAAGUAAUCUUCGCGACUGGUGACGAAGACCCAUCGAGGAAGCACAUGCCGUUGAUGAGUUUGAGCGACAAGGCGACUGUGCUCAAGAAUGCACAAGCUCGGAGACAAGCACAAAAAGAGAACCGUUCCGCACGCGUCGAGAAGCACGUGCUCAUCGACAAACUUAUGGACCUCUUUCGACAACACCGCAUUUGGGGUCUACGCGAUCUCAAGGCCAAAGUCAAUCAGCCCGAAGCGUACUUGCGGGAAACGCUAUCCGAAAUCGCGUUUAUGUGGAAAGCAGGAGACUUCAACGGGAAAUGGGAACUCAAGGAUGAAUAUAAGAGUGAUGCCAUGUUGCUGAAUCCGUCAGGAGUGGUAGCUCCGAAAGUGGAAGAUUCUGAUAUGGACAAAUCCGGUAUGGAUGAUGAUGACGAUGAUGAAGUCUUCGAGGACGUUGAGGCAUGA